UAUACAAUAAUAAUAUAUUAUAUCGAGCUGAUUUAUGUAUUUCAUCGGUAGUCAGUCAGUAACAAUACUGCGUCAGAAAUUCUUUUCCGUUACCGGCAAGAUAAAUACACUGUAGCCGGCUGCGAUAUGGUGUUAGUGAGGGCCACAUGGAAUAAAAUGCAGACACGCAUUGGUUGUGUUUUAUACAACCUUGCUUCCUAUUGGUUAAACCUCGUGGGUCUUAUCGGAUUACUUGACUAUGACUACGUGGCGUUGCCAUACUGCGAUGUUGGGUCUACCAAAGUUUCAGUUUUCUGUGUUACGUUGAAUUGAAUUGAAGAGAAAAAGUAAUACUAUGCGUUUUCAUUUUCUUACCUAUUAGCUAGAAACGAUUAUUUUUAUAAUUAUUAUACUUAAAAAGUCAAUUUAUAAUCAUAAUAGUGGGGAUAGAAUAUGUAUUUGGCAACAUUGGGAUUACGUCAUCUGAUGCAACUUUGUUUACUUAUGUUGUUCAUAUAUUUUGCAGAUUUAAUAUUAUUUCUUCAUGUUGUUUGAUAAAAGUUUUGUCUUUUUUCAAUAAUUUUAUGUAAUCUGGAAAAAAAUCUUUAUAUUUGAAGUUUGAAGAUCUAUAAUUUUUUCUUAAGGAUUCAUGAAUUUAGAAGAUGGCGCCACAUAUACAACGGGACUACCACAGCAUUGGAGAUCCAAGUAGAUACUCAUUGAGGACAUUCAGGCAUGGUGAAAAACAUUGUCUACAAUCUCACAAUUUUGACGUAUCGAAAGUAAAUGGAAAAGAAGAUUUUUUUCGUUGUAUGGGUCUUCAAAUGAAAAGAUAUCAGUACAAAUACAAAAUGCCAAAUAGUGAUCAUAAGGUUAAAAAAAUUAAUAUUCCCACUGGUGUAACAUUACGUGAUUGCCGUGUUAUUAUCCUGGGGGCAACAUGUGAAUUAUGCGGGAAGUGUUUUAAAUGUAAAACAGAUUUGAAUAUACAUAAUUCGUUAAAACAUCAAAGACGUGAAAAAAUUCAUAUAGCUAUAAAAGGGACACAAUGUAGUGAAAACGAUAUUGAUGUGUGGGAAGAAAUUCCAAAAUCUUUAAAUUAUACAACAAUUGAAUCUAAUAAAAAUUUUAUAACAAAACUACAUAAAAAAUUACAUUUAACUUUAAAAAUAGGAAAGGAAGUUAUCUCUAAGAUAUCGGUAAAGCGGAAACAUUUAAAAAGAAAGAAAAUUAACAUACAUACACAAACUGAGCUACAUUGUGAAAGUGAAUUAAUUACAGGUGAGAAUGAGUAUGAAAGUGUCGUUUCUCGUAUCGAUCCUUCUGUGUUCUGUAAUAGUCCUUGUCUACGUUGCAACUCCUGUAUACACGUGGUAGAAAGUUCGAAUCGAUAUGUGGCUGGCAACAUUGUAGCAGAUAAGCAAGUAGUUUACGGAAACAGUAUAAUGCAAGAAGAAAAUCAUAUUUCGAAUAGACUAUCAUGUGCAACAUGCACAAACGAAAAGUGUAGCGUUGUUCAUGAAUGCAUUUCUUCGUCACAUGUGAAAUGUGAUUAUAAUAAAACGAAAGAUGAGCUACAAAAUAAUAAUUUAUCAGAAAGUACAGAUAUUUCGUCAAAACCAACUAGACAAACUUGUCUGCAAAAUAAAAACGAAAAUAAGAAAGAAACAGACAUUAAUGCAAAUCAGAUACAAAAAGAUUUUAUUAUAAAUGAGAUAGAAAAAUACGCAUCUGAAAACUUACAGGAUAUUUCUAAUAAAAUACAAGUAAUAGUACCAUUAAUUAUGCCAAUAAUCGUGCCAAAUACAAAUGUUUCAAGUUCACCUAUUAAAUUAACAAUACAAUCAAUGCCAAUAGAACAAAAAGAACAACAGCAAUCAUUACAACCAGAAGAAGGACAACAAUAUUAUCUUCAACAAUCGCAAGAAAAACAAAAACAAUCGCAACAAUAUUCACAGCUGCAACAAGAUCAACAAAUGAAACAAAAACAAGAACAAUUUCAAGAACAGCAAAAACAAUUGCAACAAUGCUCACAACAACAAAAUCAGCAAAUGAAGCAAGAAUCACAGCAAUAUUUACAACAAAAUCAGCAAAUGAAGCAAGAAUCACAGCAACAUUUGCAACAAAAUCAGCAAAUGAAGCAAGAACAACAAGAUCAGCAAAUGAAACAAGAACAACAACAUUUGCAACAAGAUCAGCAAAUAAAACAAGAACAACAGCAAUAUCUCCAGAAACAAUUGGAAGGACAACAAAGUCAGCAUCAGCAACUACUACAAGAAAAGCAAAUGAAGCAAGAACAACAGCAACAUUUGCAACAAAACCAGCAAAUGAAACAAGAACAACAGCAAUAUCUCCAGGAACAAUUGCAAGAACAAAAAAGUCAGCAUAAACAACUAUUACAAGAACAGCAAAUAAAGCAAGAUCAGCAGCAAUAUCUACAGGAACAACAACAACUUAAGAAAAUUUCUAUUCUUACUAUCAAAGACGAUGUUAAUAACGAAAUAGAAGAAGUAUUACGAAUUGUUAGAGGACGUAUCAUUAAUACAGAGAUCAAUCAUGAAUCACCAACUCGAUUCGAACAAGAGAUGUUGGUACAAGACGCCAUUAGAGAUAUGAAGAGAAUGGAAGCGCAAGGCUGGCACUUGCUAGAAAAGAAAAUAAGCGGAUCCAUAAUGAAAAAGAAACGGAAUAUAAAAUCUAAUAUCAAAUGUAGCAAUGCAAACGAUGAAUAUGCCAAAAGAAAGAAAAAUAUUGUAACUGAAUCAAAUACCGAAUAUAGAAAUUUAAAUAAAGAAAAAUAUAUUUCAAAUGUAAAGGAACAUACGAAAAUACAAAAUAAUAAUAAUGUGGUAUCAUUAUGUGCAUCGGAUAAUACAAAAGAAAAUUUAAUGACAUGUAAUGAAAAUAUCAAUACAACAUCUGAAAUGUUACGACAAUAUAAUAUUAAUUAUUGCAAUGAUAUAUUCGAGAUAAAGUACAAUACGGAGAAUAUUCGAGAAUCUAUUAGCCGAUUUCUUGCCCCAUGUUCCGGUGGAAUGGAAAAUAGAAGUAAUGUACCGGUCGUAAUAGAUCUAGUCAACGGUACCGAUGAAUAGUAAUGAAAACGGAAAUGAUGCGUCCGAUGAAUAAUGAUAGAGCUUUAUAAAAAUGAUAUUAAAAAAUGAUAAUGAAUUCGUAUAUGAAACGAAAAUGUUAAAAUAUAUUUGUUAUGAAUAAUUUUCUAAUUUUUAAUAUUGAUUUUAAAAUACUUUUUUUCUGGUGUAUCUGAUUGAAGGAAAUUGAUUAAAUGAUUAAAUAUAAAAGAUAUUAAAAGAUAAUUUUUAGUAAUAACAUUGAGAAAUUCUGAAAAAUUUCUGAUGACGAAAUUGUUAAAUGGAAAUUUGUAUAAUAGUAUACAAAUAUAAAUAUUGUAUAUUUUUUGUACAAAUCAUUUCCAAUAUGAAUUUACAAAGAACAAUAUAUCGUCAGUAUUAUUUCAUCAUAAAAUAUGAAAUAUAUGAGAUCUCGUUAUUUAUGAAUAAUAAUGCCAAUAGGAUUUCAAUUUUUAAAAAAUCGAAUAUUUUAAGAAUAAUUCAAAGAAUUGCUAUUUUGAAAUAUUAUAAUAUUUUAAUUAAUCUUUCCAAAAUUUUUCUCAAUCAUAAUUUAAAUUAUUAUUAGUAUAAAUAAUGAUAAAUAAUCCUUUUAAUAGUUAAAUUUAUCAUUUUUAUUUUUUAUUUCCGUUUAGAUCAGACAUAUAUAUAUAUAUAUAUGUAUUGAUGUUGAAUAAGUAUGAGUGAUAUUUCUUAAUAAGUAUAUAAUUAUACAGUUUAGCUGAAUUUUGAUUAUUUCAUUAUCACAUAGCUUUAUUUUAUCACUAAAAACAAAAAAUUAGACGAAGGAGUAAUAUUAAAAAAGUAAUACAUUUUUUAUCGUUUAAAAAAAAAGAAAAAUAUACAUAAAAAUGCAUCCAUAAUAAUAAACAUACCGUCACUUGACAUAUCAUCUUUUAUUGAUAUAAACACAUCGCAACGAUAAAUAAUUAACAUAGGUGAACUGGCUAAAAAACUACUUUCUUAUGAAUAAGUAAUAGAUCUGAAAUAUUUCAACAAAUAUAUCAAAACAUUUCGCAAAAAUCAUUAUAUCAUUUGUUAAUAUCUAUUCGUAAAAAAUUUGAACAAUUCGAAGGAAUUAUAUAAUAUCUAUUGAUAAUAUCAAAUUAUAUUAGCUGUUAUUGCAAUAUAUUUAUAUUAAUAGUUAUGUAAUGGUCACAUGUUUUUUAGGGACGCAUAUAUUUAAAUGAAAUUCUAUUUAAUAAUAAUAAUUUUGUUGUUUUUUUUUUUAAUAAUUUACAUUACUUUUUCAAUCUCUCCUAAUCGAUUUCUUGUUUUAAUGAUGAAAUAAAACUACAGUAAAAUUGAAACUGAGAAAACUGCAUAAUUAUCAUUUAAUUGUUGUGUUCCAUUCUAUUGUACACGAAUCACAACAAUAAUUACAUUAGUAAUUAUUAUUGCCAAAUAUUAUAAUACUGUAAAAUGAUAUUACUUUUAUAUAUUUAUUAUAUUCUCUUGGAAAAAGAGAAAUGAGAUAUGCUUUUUUUCUGUACAAAUAAUAUCGUAAAUAAGUGUAAUAACCACUAAAUCAUUUUAUAUUAUGUUACUGUUUAAUGUGCGAUAUACAUAUAUUAAUAAUUUUGUAUUUUUUGUAAUAAAUGUUCUUAAAAAAAAUUAUUACACAAUUAUUUAAUAUAUGACAAUAAAUAUUUUUCAGAAAUUUAUGAAAAAUGUUUUUAAAAUUUCGGCAUUCCAAUUAUAUAUGGAAUUAACAUUAUGUGACUGAUUUAAAGUGCCGAAUAUGAUUCAUUUUAACACAUUUAAGAAAAAAAGUUUCCAUAAUCUAUUAUAAACUAUAGAUUAUAGACAUUAAUCUUAUAUACAGAUUAGAUAUAACAGUAUUAAAAAAAUGUUAAAAAAUAAAAACGAAUGAUGCAAUUCUUAUUUUAUACUUUAUCGAUGAUCUUAUCGAAAGAAUUUGAAUUUACAAUUUGUUUAUGCUUAACUCCUAUUUUUAAUAAUUAUUACAUUCUCACGACAUUUUAAUAUCAUAAGAAUUUUGUUUAUCUUUACAUCGAAAUCGAUACAUUCGUAAAUAUCGAGAACAAAAUGAUUGAUGAUGACAGUUGAAAUCAGCAAUGCAAAGAACGUUAAUUCAGACCAAUAGAAAAAUUUCAUUAUCAUAAUAAUAACUAAAAAAAAAGUUAUUAUAUAAAAUAAUAGUUAAUGUUUUCUAAACUGAUUAAAUCAAGUUAAUAAUCUUUCUAUUUUUCGAAAUUCUUUCACAUAUGUCACAUUGAAACAAUUACAACGAAAGAUAUACUACUUUUAAUUACGACAUAGAAAACACGUAAAAUAUAUUAUCGAUUAAAUAUGACAUUAUCGUUAAAUACAACAUUAUUGAAAUUAAUAUACGUAUUGUGCAACUUAUUUUUCGAAAUAAACGUGUGAUUAAAAAAUUA